AUGUUUCCUGAUCGAGUUGAGGUUACCACGUUCUACGAGAAAAUGGCAUGGGAGGACAAGAAGGUGCAAAAGCUUUUCAAGCUGAUUCGCCACUAUCGCGACCUGGAAGAUUCACCGAAAAAGUUGAAAGGGGUUUGCAAAGAUCAGUCAUUGAGGUAUGGCAAGGACACAUGCGAGGAGGAAGAGGAGGAGGAAGAGAAUCCGGAGGAGGAAGAGUGCGAGGAAGAUGAAGAAGUGGAAAUCAUGGAAUGCGAUGAAGAGCAAGCCGCGAAGCCCAAGCAGAGCCAUGUAGUGAUGAAGAAGCCAGCAGCAAGACACGCCAAAGCCGCCCCGGCCGAAAGGCCGAUCCCGACGCCUUGCCGUCGCAUAGCGGCGAAAACUUCGGUUGCCGAUGAGGAGAUUUUGUUUGUGGGGGAGAACAAGUCGUCGAAGCAGCUGGAGCUCGAGUUCGGCUACCAAGCCUCGUCCUACAGAUCCGGCCAACCCAGAUGCGGAUACCUGCCCGAUGUGCAUCUCGCCGGAGCCAACCUCAUCGACUACCACGCCGACAAGCAACGGGCGACCAAGGCGGCCAUCCAGGCAGCUAAGGGCCGUGGCAAGGAAAAGGGUACAGAUGGGGACACAAAAAAAGAGUGCUGUGCCAAAGCCGAUGGAAAGGGGAAGGGGAAAAACAAAUCCGGAAAAGCCACUGCAGCCUCUGAAAGCGCCAACGAGAGUGCCAAGCCAAGGAAGCAAAGGGGAAAGAAGGGGCAGCCGGCAAAGGAGGAUGUCAAAGAGGAUAGCAAGGUGGCAGCAGAACCAACAAAAAAGAAACGGGGGCCCAAGGGGCGAACGGCUGUGGAAGCGAAAGCUGAGCCGAAGGCUGCAGCUGGCAAGUCGAAAAGGUGGAUUCGAAAUGGAUGCCAAAUCUGCAGGCGAGAAGGCUUCAAGCCCCGAGGUCCAAUCGACAUCAUGAAGUUUCUCAAGGGCAAGCCGAAACGUGCCCCCGCCGUGAACCUGUUGCUCAUGUGGUCUGUUGGCUGCUAG